ACCCGUUGGCAAAAUACACUCGAACACGCUGUUGAUUAUUUUCUUAUUUGUCCAUAUGGUCGGUAUUUCUUUGAUAAUCAUUUGGGAGGUUGUUGUUUUUUAUGCAAAGAAACCAUUUGAUUAACGGCUUACGAGUUGUUACGAAAACUACCGAGCAGUACCGGAUAAGAUACGGAUUAUAUGUGGAUAAAAGCCGAGGUAUGUCGACGGUUGUAAAUCAAUAGCCAAACAAAGCCGUGCGUUUUCAAACACGUGGUUUUGGUGAAAGGACGACACUUGGAGUAGCCUCUCCUGUGCAGUGACCAAUCAUGGCAAACGCUAAAUCACCCCAUGGUCGGCGGUCAUCUCCCGACGGCGGAUACGGCUGGGUGAUAGUCCUGUCGGCGUUCUCCAUCAAUCUCAUUGCCGACGGCAUUACCUUCUCGUUCGGUAUCCUGCUGGUGGACCUUCUAGAGCAGCUUGGGGAGAGCCGCGCCGCAACUUCCGCUGUGGGGUCCGUCCUGACCGGUGUUUAUCAUUUAGUCGGUCCCAUAUCGGCUGUGCUCACAGACCGGUUCGGAGGUCGAGCCGUUGCCACUUCCGGCGCCAUGGUGAGCGCAUGUGGAUUCGUACUCAGCUUCUUUGCCACCGGAAUCGCACAACUUUGUUUCACGUUCGGAUUUCUAGGAGGCAUCGGGUUCGGACUAAUGUACCUGUCGGCGGGGGUCUAUGUCAUCAGGUACUUCGAUAAGAGACGCGCCCUGGCGAACGGUCUCGCCAUUUGUGGAUCAGGGGUUGGGACGAUCGUGUUCAACCAGGUAACGCGGAUUCUCUUGGACGCCUACGGAUGGCGCGGCACCAUGCUCAUCUACGCCGGUUUGGCGCUCAAUUGCGCAGUAUUCGGGCUACUGCUGUUUCCGCUUCCGGAAUUUCGCGCGAAUUGUGGAGACGGAAGUGGUUCGAAAUUAAUUGAAACAGAGACCGAGGCACGCGGUAUUUCUGGACCAGUACCGGAAGUGAGUUUGAAAGUCGAACACAAAUUAUUGGAGUUUCAUGUUAGUGAUAUUCGCAAAACAGAGGAUGCUCCGAUUAUUAUAGAGUUAAAAUCAAUGACUACUGAUGAACGCUACGUGUAUACUGAUUGCUUACAUCCUAUAGCGCAUUCAUUCAACACAGCCGUCGAAGAAGUGUCUUUCAUUUCUGACGCUCUUUGUAAAAACCAAGAACACGAGAUAGGUAAAUCGGAUAACAGCAAUGAGUGUACGAAAAUUUCAAAGAAACAUUGGAGAUUGCGCCUAGGCAACGUAUGCAACUCGAUGUUCAGUUUUGAUUUGCUCAGGGACACAAGGUGUCUGUUUUUCCUGGGGUCGGCGUUCGUGCUCAAUCUGGCUUUUACAAUUCCCUACAAUCUUCUGCCGGACCAGGCGGUCGAAGAGAACGGGAUGUCCAAGCAAGAGGCGACCUGGAUCAUUUCUACUAUAGGAAUCGCCAAUACUCUGAGUCGGAUUUUUCUUGGCUGGGUGGGAGACCGCGCCUGCGUCAACCGGAUGUGGAUGAUGCAAGGGGCGCUGUUCAUGGCCGGCCUCUCCACCGCUCUGUCGCCUCUUCUCAUCAGCUUCGCCACCAAGCUUGUCUACAGCUGCCUCAUCGGUGCUGCAUUAGGUGGUUACGUCAUGCUUGUUCCGGUUGUGCUCGCGGACAUGUUCGGUGCUGACGUCAUCAGCCGGUCGCUAGGGCUCGUGUUGUUCGUGGUAGGCGUGGCCGGCUUUGUGUCAACGCCCAUCGGAGGCUGGCUGUUUGAUCGGACCGGCAGCUACACUUUUUCCUUCAUCGUCGCAGGGGCAGAGUUUAUUGUGGCUGGAGCACUGCUUCUGGUUCCCAAGUGUUUAAAUGGGAAUAGAACAUAAAAGGACGUACUUGGAAAGUCUGUCUAUGCGGUAAGGAAGGCCCGGCGUCGAGUCUUUCUAUGACUCAGUGAGUUGGACGAAUCAAUAGCUAUGAGAUACAAUGAAAGACAAGCGUCGCUGUAAUUUGGUUAUGGGCUAGAAAAGGCGGGAAAUGCAGUAGCAUCACGAUGAAUGAUUACGUGAUCCACGAGUUGUUGCGCUUAUACAAACGGCAAUUUACUUAGCAUCUCUCUGAGGUUAGUGUCUGUACAUGAGCAUAUAAGAAGAAAGAAUGUGAACUUUCAUAAAUAAUCGCGGAGGAGAAUGUCUGUGCAGUUGCAGUCAAAUCAAUACAUCUUUGGUUUUACUGUAACAAUCGAAGUAAGAUUUUGUUGAUUGUAUGUUACAUCUGAUAGCAUAACGUACAGUUUUGUGCUACUUAUUGUAAUACUUUAAACAGAUGGAUGAUAAAAUUUGUAUUUACUGAAGAUAUUACAGUUUGGCGAUUCGGAAGUGUUUUCAAAUGAAGUUGUUCGUAAAACAAGUAGUGAAUAUGUGUACAUAUUGAAGCCAAGUAGUUUACACUCAGAUUCGACAAAUUUGCGUGUGAAACAAUACAUUGUCGGUGAGCACAAAUGAAUGUUUACGUCAAUAUCAAUUAGUGGACGUUUAGAACUCUGUUUCGUAUCAUGCACAUAUGUUAAAAAUGUCAAAACGAGAAGUAUGUCAAGACAGUGUGAUAUAGAAUUUAUUUGCGUUUCAUCGAGGUUUCUGGCGAGUCUAAACAACAAAGCAGUGUGUCCGACAACCCGAAUAGCACUGAAAAUCACGAGUAUAUCUCGACUUUACCCGCUGCGAAAUUUCUUAGCGGAAUGACAUAAUAACAGCUCCACUAAAAAAAUGUGCAGAGUAAAGUCUAUAUAUAAAGCGAAUUGCAAUACAAAACAAGGGCUGUUUGUAAAACAAGCAUGCCCCCCCCCCCCCCCCAAUGGGGUGUUCGUUGUAGUGGCAGCAAUUGUGUGAAUACGUUAGAAACC